AUGAAGGCUUUUCUCUUAUUGUCCACAACUCUCCUACUGCUGCUUUCCGGCACGCCGCGAGCCGGGGCACAGGAUGACUACGAGGAUGAGGAAGAGGCUGUGGCACACGGUUACGGGGACGAAGUUCCUGAAGAUGAAGGUUCCGAAGAACCGGUAGAGAAGCCCGCUUCAUAUCUGGGGCCAAGCAUAAGUCCGGCAGGCUUUGUUCAUUCGAACAAGUGGCAGCGGUUCAGGGACCGCCUCGAUCCCGUCACUCUACAAGGCGAUACUGCGCCCGAGAAGUCGUUUCGAAACCUUGUGAAGCAUUAUUACGAUGUCACUGAAGAGAACUAUCCGAAACUAGAAUAA